UCACUACGCGAGCGCGCGAGUCGCGGGAUGACACCGCGGAUACACGCAUGCGCACUCUGACCCCAGCUAGCGCGAGUAACGGACAUUACUAUAUUUGAAUUUUUAUUUUGUGUGAGUGACGUAGUGUCGUGUAUUUUCUUGUGUGCAAGGGCCCCAUGAAGCGGCUGUCAUGCGCAUAGCGGCACUGAUUGCACUCGUGCAGCUGUCGCUCGCUACAGCUGUUUCAGAUGAACCAAAAACGCUCACAGCGGUUGAGCUGAACCGCGAGUUGUCCGGAGACAAUGUGCUCUCGCCUUUCUACGAAAGUAGUGAGGAUGCUGGGGUCACGUUCAUAAGAGGAUCAAGGGCGGCUGACUCGCCCUUGUCUCCUGAUAUCGACGUGCAAUGCUCAGGCAACUAUAUCGACGUCACUGUUGAGUUCGCUGACGUUUUCGAUGGCAUCAUUUACAGUAAGGGUUACUUAAAUGACCCGAAGUGCAAAUAUGUGUCAUUGGGCAACAGUCAGUCUCGGUACUCAUUCAGAGUGCCACUGAAUGGCUGUGGCUCCCGACCUCUCUGCAAUGCAUGUGGUACCAUCGACAACGUACUUGUGUUCCAAGCUGACGACUUGUUGCAAGGACCUCAGGACUUCGCUCGCAAGGUGUCAUGUGCCCGCACUUCCCUGGAAGUGUCGACUGGAGUGACGGCGUCCAGAGAAGAGCAUACUCUCAAGCUAAAACCUUUCAUGGUUGACAUGCUUGAUGUGGUUGCAGUCGAAGGACCCGCCGGAGGAGUUGAAUGCUGGAUGGACAUCCAAGUAGGAGUCUUUCCUAAUACCACUCCACUGAAGAACUCGAUCAAAAUUGGAGAAUACUUGACAAUCCUUGUGUAUCUCAAGGAUGUAAGAAACCAGUUCAGCCUUAAAAUACACGAUUGCUGGGCUUAUGACAACGAAAACUACGAUGGUCCUAGUACCAACAAGAUUCAACUGACUGACAAGAACGGUUGUCCCAAGAAGAAAAAGCUGAUUGAUUUCUGGCAGAAAACUACAAACACAGGCAAGAGCGGUGCCACUUUAAUUGCCUACAGCAAAGUGAGCGCUUUCCGAUUCCCUGAAACCGACCAAGUCUACCUAACGUGUAACGUCGAGCUAUGCACAAACAACUGCGACUCGAACUGCGGUACCACGGAAAUUUCUACAACGAUCAAACCAUCACAAUGCUACCCUGGAUCGCGUGAUCCUGGAUGUCAACGCAUCACGGUUGAACCACAACUGAAGUGUUACCCUGGCUCACUUGAUCCCAGAUGUCCUCAACAGCCAACACCGACGACACCACAACUUUCAGAGCUCACUACACUACGUGAUCGGAGGAUUUCGUUGCCAACAGUUAUUGCCGACAAAUAUACGACUACUACCACUCCUGAGCCACCACGCUGCUUCCCAGGCUCCACUGACCCCAGAUGUCCCAAGCCCACAACUCCUGAACCACCAAGGUGCUUCCCAGGUAGCACUGACCCAAGGUGCCCCAAACCAACUACUCCUGAGCCACCACGCUGCUUCCCAGGUUCCACUGACCCCAGAUGUCCCAAGCCCACAACUCCUGAACCACCAAGGUGCUUCCCAGGUAGCACUGACCCAAGGUGCCCCAAACCAACUACUCCUGAGCCACCACGCUGCUUCCCUGGCUCAACUGACCCUAGAUGUCCUAAGCCAACGACUCCUGAACCUCCACGAUGCUACCCGGGUUCACCUGAUCCGAGAUGUCCACAGCCACCUCGACCUACAACCUUAACGCCACCGACAUAUUUACCACCAGUAACGCCUGAAUUAAAAUGCUAUCCAGGUUCAUCAGACCCUAGGUGUCCACAACCAACCACCCCAGCUCCUCCAAAAUGUUUCCCAGGCAGCACAGACCCCAGGUGCCCGAAACCUACAACACCAGCACCUCCUAACUGUUACCCUGGAAACACUGACCCACGUUGCCCUAAGCCAACAACUCCAGCACCACCCAGAUGUUUCCCAGGUAGCACUGACCCCAGAUGUCCCAAGCCAACGACCCCUGAGCCACCACGUUGCUACCCAGGAUCGACUGACCCCAGAUGUCCUAAGCCAACGACUCCUGAGCCACCACGUUGCUACCCUGGAUCGACUGACCCCAGAUGUCCAAAGCCAACGACUCCUGAGCCACCACGUUGCUACCCUGGAUCGACUGACCCCAGAUGUCCAAAGCCAACGACUCCUGAGCCACCACGUUGCUACCCUGGAUCGACUGACCCCAGAUGUCCCAAACCAACGACUCCUGAGCCACCACGUUGCUACCCUGGAUCGACUGACCCCAGAUGUCCAAAGCCAACGACUCCUGAGCCACCACGUUGCUACCCUGGAUCGACUGACCCCAGAUGUCCAAAGCCAACGACUCCUGAACCACCACGUUGCUACCCUGGAUCGACUGACCCCAGAUGUCCCAAGCCAACGACCCCUGAGCCACCACGUUGCUACCCUGGAUCGACUGACCCCAGAUGUCCCAAACCAACCACGCCUAAACCAGUCUGCUACCCGGGUUCUCCGGAUCCUAAAUGUCCCCAACCACCACGCCCGACAACCUUAACUCCUCCCACUUAUUUACCACCAGUAACGCCUGAAUUGAAAUGCUAUCCAGGUUCAUCAGACCCUAGGUGUCCACAACCAACCACCCCAGCUCCUCCAAAAUGUUUCCCAGGCAGCACAGACCCCAGGUGCCCGAAACCUACAACACCAGCACCUCCUAACUGUUACCCUGGAAACACUGACCCACGUUGCCCUAAGCCAACAACUCCAGCACCACCCAGAUGUUUCCCAGGUAGUACUGACCCCAGAUGUCCCAAGCCAACGACCCCUGAGCCACCACGUUGCUACCCUGGAUCGACUGACCCCAGAUGUCCUAAGCCAACGACUCCUGAGCCCCCACGUUGCUACCCUGGAUCGACUGACCCCAGAUGUCCCAAGCCAACGACCCCUGAGCCACCACGUUGCUACCCUGGAUCAAAUGACCCCAGAUGUCCAAAGCCAACCACACCCGCACCGCCAAACUGUUACCCUGGAAACACCGACCCGCGUUGUCCAAAACCAACAACCCCUGCCCCACCACGGUGCUUCCCUGGCUCAACUGACCCCAGAUGUCCAAAGCCAACCACACCCAAACCAGUCUGCUACCCGGGUUCUCCGGAUCCUAAAUGUCCCCAACCACCACGCCCGACAACCUUAACUCCACCCACUUAUUUACCACCAGUGACGCCGGCACUUAAAUGUUACCCCGGUUCUACCGAUCCCAGAUGCCCUAAGCCAACAACUCCCGAACCCCCACGGUGCUUCCCUGGAUCCACUGACCCGCGCUGCCCAAAACCUACAACUCCAGCACCCCCAAAUUGCUUCCCAGGCAGUACUGAUCCUAGAUGUCCUAAACCCACUACGCCUGCACCACCAAAUUGUUACCCUGGAAACACCGACCCGCGUUGUCCAAAACCAACGACUCCUGCUCCACCCAGGUGCUUCCCUGGCUCAACUGACCCUAGAUGUCCUAAGCCAACGACACCUGAGCCACCACGGUGCUUCCCGGGAUCAACUGACCCCAGGUGUCCCAAGCCUACGACACCUGAACCACCGCGGUGUUUCCCUGGAUCAAAUGACCCCAGGUGUCCUAAGCCAACAACCCCUGCUCCACCAAGGUGCUUCCCUGGCUCAACUGACCCCAGAUGUCCCAAACCUACGACACCUGAACCACCACGAUGCUUCCCUGGAUCAAAUGACCCCAGGUGUCCUAAGCCAACAACGCCAAAACCAGUCUGCUACCCGGGUUCUCCCGAUCCUAAAUGUCCCCAACCACCACGCCCAACAACUUUAACUCCUCCCACUUAUUUGCCACCAGUGACACCCGCUCUCAAAUGCUAUCCUGGUUCUACUGACCCUAGAUGUCCCAAGCCAACGACUCCCGAGCCCCCACGUUGCUACCCUGGAUCGACUGACCCCAGAUGUCCCAAACCAACGACUCCUGAGCCACCACGUUGCUACCCUGGAUCAACUGAUCCCAGAUGUCCCAAGCCAACGACUCCUGCUCCACCAAGGUGCUACCCAGGUAGUACCGAUCCAAGAUGUCCUAAGCCAACGACACCCGAACCACCUCGAUGCUUCCCCGGAAGCACGGACCCACGUUGUCCCAAACCAACAACCCCUGCUCCACCAAGGUGCUUCCCUGGUUCAACUGACCCUAGAUGUCCCAAGCCAACGACUCCCGAGCCCCCACGUUGCUACCCUGGAUCGACUGACCCCAGAUGUCCCAAACCAACGACUCCUGAGCCACCACGUUGCUACCCUGGAUCAACUGAUCCCAGAUGUCCCAAGCCAACGACUCCUGCUCCACCAAGGUGCUACCCAGGUAGUACCGAUCCAAGAUGUCCUAAGCCAACGACACCCGAACCACCUCGAUGCUUCCCCGGAAGCACGGACCCACGUUGUCCCAAACCAACAACCCCUGCUCCACCAAAGUGCUUCCCUGGCUCAACUGAUCCUAGAUGUCCUAAGCCAACGACACCUGAGCCACCACGGUGCUUCCCUGGAUCAAAUGACCCCAGGUGUCCUAAGCCAACAACGCCUAAACCAGUCUGCUACCCGGGUUCUCCAGAUCCUAAAUGUCCCCAACCACCACGCCCGACAACCUUAACUCCUCCCACUUAUUUACCACCAGUGACGCCGGCACUUAAAUGUUACCCCGGUUCUACCGAUCCUAGAUGCCCUAAGCCAACGACACCCGAAUCACCUCGAUGCUUCCCUGGGAGCACGGACCCACGUUGUCCCAAACCAACAACCCCUGCUCCACCAAAGUGCUUCCCUGGAUCGACUGACCCCAGAUGUCCCAAGCCAACGACUCCUGAACCACCACGUUGCUACCCUGGAUCGACUGACCCCAGAUGUCCCAAGCCAACGACUCCUGAACCACCACGUUGCUACCCUGGAUCGACUGACCCUAGAUGUCCCAAGCCAACGACCCCUGAGCCACCACGUUGCUACCCUGGAUCGACUGACCCUAGGUGUCCCAAACCAACUACUCCUGAGCCACCGCGUUGCUACCCUGGAUCGACUGACCCCAGAUGUCCCAAGCCAACGACCCCUGAGCCACCACGUUGCUACCCUGGAUCGACUGACCCCAGAUGUCCCAAACCAACCACGCCUAAACCAGUCUGCUACCCGGGUUCUCCGGAUCCUAAAUGUCCCCAACCACCACGCCCGACAACCUUAACUCCUCCCACUUAUUUACCACCAGUGACGCCGGCACUUAAAUGUUACCCCGGUUCUACCGAUCCCAGAUGCCCUAAGCCGACAACUCCUGAACCACCACGUUGCUACCCUGGAUCAACUGAUCCCAGAUGUCCCAAGCCAACGACUCCUGAGCCACCACGUUGCUACCCUGGAUCAACUGAUCCCAGAUGUCCCAAGCCAACGACUCCUGCUCCACCAAGGUGCUACCCAGGUAGUACCGACCCAAGAUGUCCUAAGCCAACGACACCCGAACCACCUCGAUGCUUCCCUGGAAGCACGGACCCACGUUGUCCCAAACCAACAACCCCUGCUCCACCAAGGUGCUUCCCUGGCUCAACUGACCCUAGAUGUCCUAAGCCAACGACACCUGAGCCACCACGGUGCUUCCCGGGAUCAACUGAUCCCAGGUGUCCCAAGCCUACGACACCUGAACCACCGCGCUGUUUCCCUGGAUCAAAUGACCCCAGAUGUCCCAAACCUACGACACCUGAACCACCACGAUGCUUCCCUGGAUCAAAUGACCCCAGGUGUCCUAAGCCAACAACGCCUAAACCAGUCUGCUACCCGGGUUCUCCCGAUCCUAAAUGUCCCCAACCACCACGCCCGACCACCUUAACUCCUCCCACUUAUUUACCACCAGUGACACCCGCUGUCAAAUGCUACCCUGGAUCGACUGACCCCAGAUGUCCUAAACCAACGACUCCUGAGCCACCACGUUGCUACCCAGGAUCGACUGACCCCAGAUGUCCCAAGCCAACGACUCCUGAGCCACCACGUUGCUACCCAGGAUCAACUGACCCCAGAUGUCCCAAGCCAACGACUCCUGAGCCACCACGUUGCUACCCAGGAUCGACUGACCCCAGAUGUCCCAAGCCAACGACCCCUGAGCCACCACGUUGCUACCCAGGAUCGACUGACCCCAGAUGUCCCAAGCCAACGACUCCUGAACCACCACGUUGCUACCCUGGAUCGACUGACCCCAGAUGUCCCAAACCAACGACUCCUGAGCCACCACGUUGCUACCCAGGAUCAACUGACCCCAGAUGUCCCAAGCCAACGACUCCUGAGCCACCACGUUGCUACCCAGGAUCGACUGACCCCAGAUGUCCCAAGCCAACGACCCCUGAGCCACCACGUUGCUACCCAGGAUCGACUGACCCCAGAUGUCCCAAGCCAACGACUCCUGAGCCACCACGUUGCUACCCUGGAUCGACUGACCCCAGAUGUCCCAAGCCAACGACUCCUGAGCCACCACGUUGCUACCCUGGAUCGACUGACCCCAGAUGUCCCAAACCAACGACUCCUGAGCCACCACGUUGCUACCCUGGAUCGACUGACCCCAGAUGUCCCAAGCCAACGACUCCUGAGCCCCCACGUUGCUACCCUGGAUCGACUGACCCCAGAUGUCCCAAGCCAACGACCCCUGCGCCACCACGUUGCUACCCUGGAUCAACUGACCCUAGGUGUCCCAAACCGGAACCUCCAACCCCCAGUUCUUGUUAUCCAGGAUCAAGGGAUCCAAAGUGCCCACAGCCGUUUGCUCCAGCUAGCACUAACCCACCUUCAACUUAUUUGCCACCAUUCCCAGAAGAAAAUGAAAUCAAAUCUUCUAGAGUCAGCAGAUUAGCAACUAAGGACACUAAUGAAGAUAACGUCAACGAUUAUAUAGAUUCGUUCGAUUUCAAGCGAACAGAACCAAGAUCAAGAAAAGUUCGUGACGUAUUUGGUAGCAGCGAAAGUGCUGCCUUUGCAACAAGUGGCACUGCCAUCAUAUACAUUGCCAUGGGAUCAGCUGUAGCAAUGAUCAUGUCAAUCACACUUGCCAUUUAUAUGUACAAGAAAAAUAAACUAAGAACUGCGUCUGUAAACACAACUGCGCAAAGCCCCUGUUAAUAUGUAAAUAACUGUCGUGUUAAAUUUUAAUAAUGUGAUAUUUUAAUUUUUAAUUUUUACUAGCUACUUGAUUCAUUCCAAUUCUCGAUUUUUUAAUAAUGGCUGCUAAAUAUGAAUAAUUUGAUUUGUAUAAUGUGACGUCACUGCCUUAUAAGCUUUAUCUUAAUACUUCAUGCGCUAGGCAUGCCUAUUUUAUCACUACAUAAAAUAGUGCCAUAAUAUAAUACAAUAUAUAGUGUCUUCUUCGAUGCGUCCUCAAUCUAUAAUGUAUAUUAUAUCGCUAGUCAAUAUUUUGUAUGUAUAACAUUCUUAUAAAUAUGUUCUGAAAUCCUGUUUUUUCAAAAAUUACUCAUUUUUUUUAUAAAGAAAUAAUAUACUCAUUUGUGAUAUUUUUUCGUGUAAAUACAUAUUGUUUAUACCAGUAUGCUGAUGUGGCCAUUUGAAUUAAUUAUAUAGUGUGUAUUAAUAUAAAUAUAAGAUGACUUGAGUACAUUCUGUAGCGCAUUGAGUACAUUAUAAACGACAAUUUUUCGACAAAACUAAUAUAAAUGAUAUGUUUCUUUAAACAGAGUGUACUCAUGGAAUAUUAUUUUCAAUGAUUUUGUAAUGUUAGUACCUAAGAUUGCUUGUCGAGUCAAUCUAAGUAAAACAUUCUAUGAAUGUCAAAAAA